AAAACAAAUAAAUAAAUACUAAUAAUUAUGCAUCAAAUAAAAUAAAAGCUUCCUCAUAGAUUUUACCACAAUAUGAUUUCGUUGAACUUUGCAAAGUAGUAUAAAUUGCAAGGACAACGUGAUCAUCAUAUGUGUUCGAGGGAUGCCAUAAGAGUGCUUUAUUCGAUAUUAGCGAGGUAUGUGACACCGUCACCGCGCUAACGAAAUUACACACAAUCAUGUCGGGUUUCCUAACGGAAAGUGCAGAACGUCGCUUUCCGCGCUACGAAUAUGUUUCACUCCAAAUAUGUGAUCUUCGCGACGUUCUGGUGGAUCCUGGUAACGAUUGGUGGAUCUUCGAACAUCAUACGAAACGAGGACAUUUGCGGACCUCAUAAUGGCAGGCGUCUGUAUCUGGAGUUGGGCGAGAAGGGCAUCCUCUACGCGAAGAACGUUACCUUCGUCAAAAAUUCACCAAGACAACAACUGAUGCCACGUCUUUACUCCACCACCAUCAACAGUUCCCAUCAUCAAUGCAGCCUCGAAUUAGUGACCUGUCCGUCCUGCGUGAUAAUUGUUACCUUUAAGAACAUCGCGCUUCCACAUCACUGUGGCGACGGAGGAGUCGUGAUGGACAGCCCGUGCAGAUGCGACUACGUGUGGCUCUCAGAACCACCUUACGAGGAGGUUUCCGGCUCGCCCUUCUGUGGAUUGUACCCACCAAUCAUAUAUAGAUCAAGCACGAGAACUCUGUCUAUAACUCUACUCUACAGUCAAUCCCACAAGCACGCGUUUACCAUCGAAUACACGGCAGAAAGAAAUAGGUUGCAUCUGAAAGGGACGGAAAUGACAUCGAGAGCGCCGACAAAGGAUUUGAACAGAACCAGUGGUGGUAUUCUGACCUCGCCGUUUUUCCCGGCUCGAUAUCCCCGUGACUUGGGCUUGGAAUAUAUCAUAACGUGCCCCAGCGAAGCCCCCUCUUGUCGCAUCAGAUUGCUGUUUAGCGACUUUCAAUUAGCAACGAUCUCCAUAAUGGAGUUUUACGAUUGGAACGGACAACGUUUGGACGUCAGUAGCGGUACGCGAUUUCGACCGCCGGUCAUAGUGAGCUCCGGUCCGUCUUUGCUGAUAAGAUUCUAUGCAAAUGGUGGUACCGGUCUUGGUUACAAGGCCUUUUACUCCUUCGUGAUCGGCCAUACGUACGACAAAUCCGUACAACCGAUCACCGACUGCGGUGGAUACGUGGAAAAUCUGGGCGGCACCAUCACGAUGAUGAACAUGGUCGGUCAAGGGGUGAAGAUCUACGAUUGCGUUUGGUUAAUCAGACCACCUAAAAAUUUCUUGCAUAUGAAGACGCACAUGUAUCUGAAGGUAGUGAGUUUCGCUGACAUGGCCGGGAAUACGGAGUUGAUCAUCAAGGAAGGUCCGACUUCGGCCCUGAUGUCGCUGGAAGUUAUUCGACAUCCGGCGAGUCAGUUGCAACCGCUCAGACAUAGGGAACACAUCGCGCCGGUCACCAGCGGAUUCCACGUGAGUCUUCGUGGUACAUUCGGUCCAAGUUCUCACUUGGCGAUCGCUUAUGCGGCCUUCAGUUACAUGGAUUGCUUUGCGGGCACCGAUUUCCUGUGCCAGAAUCACAGAUGCAUUCCAAGCCAGCUGAAUUGUGAUGGUUUUGACCACUGCGGUGACAACAGCGACGAACCAGCGACUUGCUUACAAAAUUGGGAAGUGGAGCCGCGCGAUCGUAAGUGGCAUAUGAACAAAGCGAAUUACUACUUUCCGAAGAUCGAUCGAUAUCCCGAUCUGAAAACGGCCACCCUGGUAUUCGUUGUCAGUAGCCUCGGCCUGAUCGUUCUGAUAUCGGCUCUCAUUAUACUGCUGUACAGAAUAGGAGCCAGGGCCAGGCAACAAAGAGAACUGCAGUCUCGUCUGGAAACAAUCAGCGAGCUUUUAGUUUUUGAUAUUACAGACGGUGCACGAAUCGAUGAAAUAUCCAUUCCGGAUGAUCCACCCGGCUACGAGGCUCCGCCAGACUACGAAGAGGUCGCAAAGCUCGUCUUGUCGAAGAAGGCUCGAUGCUUGAACCACGAUAGAACUUACAAUAGAAACUCUUCAAAUCAGCACGACGAGGACGUGAAUUCUUCUACUUAUUUGAUCGUGGAGGCCACGAGUAACGGUCAUAGUAACCAAACGGCUACGGUAACAUCGAGAAACAAUCGUGCACUAGGUAUACCCGAGAGCCCACCGCCCCCGUAUAUCACACCUCCAGGAACUAUACUGAGAAACGUGAACUUAACUAGUUUAUCAGCGUCGAUGAAACAGAUUUGUCCUGUUCGUCGCACUUGGCUACGCCGCAGCGCGCAAUAUCCUCAGUCCUCCUCGGGCGAUCGUCCACCUCCCGGUGGUCCAUCCUCAUUCACGAACGCCGAGGCUCUUGAUGCAAAUCCAACGGAUUGUGUCUCCUCGGGUACGAAUCGACGGUCCGAAAAUCUCCCGAACGAGGCCCGGAUCGUACGUGAAACUGUCCAAGAAGAUACUACAGUAGUAUUGGAAGAGAACAGUCGACACGUUUCAGAAGAUGAUUGUGACGAACUUGUUGAUAAAGUUGACAGUUUGGACGGAAGGAGUACUAGUUGCUCCUGCGAGGGCGCCUGUGGCUGUGUCAUUAGCUGCUCCAAUCUUCCAGUUAAUCUGUCAACUCUUGUGACAAGCGUGGAGGAUCGUGAGAUACCGGAGUCAGAAUGCGAUCAAACGGCGACCGUGUCCUCUUCCGCGAGGAAGAUCGAUGGACAUCAAGAGGAAGACUUAUCUGUCUCCAAGAGCGUUAUUGACAAACUUCUGGGUUCUAAGCUAACGAAAUCAUCUCAUCAUAGCAUCAACUUGACAGCCGCCUUGCCGCCUUGCGACACUUUGCGCUGUUCCUCCAAGAAGUUCUCCCGUGACCGGUGCGUCAGCAAGAUCUCGACGAUCAGCAACAGUUGCGACAGGCUGCAGGACGAUUUCGAAAUUGUGUCGGAAGCGUCCAGCAGCGUUAGAUGUCUCAGUCCCAGAACGAUGACGAAUACUCCGAAUGACACACCGAUAAGCAUCAAUCGAUAUCGAAGAUGUCACUGCAAUCGGCGACACUCUAGCUGCGAUCUAAAUGGUCUGUACGAAGGCAUCAAGGUCCUGGACUCGUAUCUGACGCGUAAAAGCUCCAAUGUUGACCACGAACACCGACAAUCGGUCACCAUGAUACUGUUCGGCACACCAAAACACGAAUCGACAUGCAAUUUAAUCGCAUUGUCGCAGCAAACAAGAAGAGAGAGAUACAUGCGCGCUCGUACGUGGCGUUCCAGCGAAGAUGCCUUGUCGAAUUAAUUCGUUCUCGCAUUUGAUGGAGCCCAUCAUUAAUGACAGAAAGAUAAUCGAGCAUAUGCAAUUGUGUUAAUUUUUUUAACAAACAGGAUAACUCUCGAAGAAGAUUAUUGAUCUGCGUAUCGGAAUUUACUAAAAAUUGGUUUACCAGAAAAAAAUUUCGUCGAUAACACAUUAAAACAAAAAAAAAAAACAUCGGAAAUA